GCCAACCGCCAUUAAACUCGAAGAAGAAGAAGGAGGAGGCGCAGAAGAUGAAGAAUAAGCUAAACAAUACCAGCGUUUGCUCCGAUAGGAGGAAAAAUUGUGGACAAAGCGUCUUUGUGCUGCUGUAAGAACCCGUUGAUGAGCGGAAAGGGAAAAAUGCGCAUUGUCACUGACGGAACUUUAACAGUGUGACACAUCCAGCGGCAAACAAUGCAGACGUUAGCUCCAUGAAUGUAUGGGAUUAGCUGUGAAAUGGUAGUGUAGUUGUUGUGUAGAAAAGUCACUUUCACUUAUAAUUAGACGACAAUGUGUUCAGUUGAGUCUUUGAGAGAGUUUGUCAACGAGCGACUAACUGCUGCUGCUGAAGAAAUAUUGGGAGUUUUUCAAAGAACCAUCGUCGAGUACGAGGAAGAGAUCGAUCGUCAGCGCAGACUGUUGGAUAUCGUUUGGAAACCCGAAAUACAGUCACACAGGACAGAGCUCCCACAGCAACAUGUGUGUAAGGAGGAGGAGGUUGUCCCUGAGCAGCAGCUCUGUAUUGAGGAGAGGAAGUGCAGUGUGGACCAAGAGGAGCCAGAGCCUCCAGAGAUUAAAGAGGAAGAGGAGGAAGUGUGCAGCAGUCAGGAGGGAGAGCAGCUUGUAGUGAAGCAGGAGACUGAUGGCUUUAUGUUGACUCCUGCUGAUGAGGAAAGUGAGCACAGUGAAGAUCAGACUCUGGACUUCAUUCAUGAUGACACUCAAAGUGCAGCAGAGAAAGAGUCUGUGGUCAACAUACCAUUUGUAAACUAUGUGAUACCAACCACCAGUGACCACCAGCUGCUCUCUCACAGCUCUCAUGUUGAGAGCCAAUAUCGGGAAGGAGGACAUCAUGAAAUGGAUGGUCUCAGUAACAAUGAUAACAACUCUGCCAUGUCCAAGAUUCACCUCAGCACUUACACAGGUGAAAAAUCUUUCAAAUGUGACACUUGUGGAAAAGCUUUUCAGUACAAGUAUAACUUAAAUACACACUUGAGAAGCCACACAGGUGAGAAGCCGUUUACCUGCAACACAUGUGGAACAGCUUUCAGAUACAAUAGUAGCUUGUUCGCCCACAUGAGAAUCCACACAGGUGAGAAGCCAUUUCCUUGCACAACAUGUGGGAAAGCUUUCAGAUAUAAAUGUCACCUAGAAAACCACAUGAGAAUCCACACAGGCGAGAAGCCGUUUACCUGCAAAACAUGUGGGAAAGCUUUCAGACAGAGUAGUGAGUUGAGUGUUCACAUGAGAACACACACUGGGGAGAAGCCGUACCUUUGCAAUACCUGUGGGAAAAGAUUCAGUGACAUAUCAGCAAUAAAAAGUCAUGUUAGAAUCCACACAGGGGAGAAGCCAUAUACAUGCACAACAUGUGGGAGAGCUUUCGGACAGAAAAGUCACCUGAAUGUCCACAUGAGAACACACACUGGUGAGAAGUCAUAACUUUGCAAGACCUGCAAGAAAUUACACUUUGAUGUGUCUCAAUUGGAAAGGCAUAUAAGACCUCAUACAGACAAGUGGCCUUGUGUUUGUAAAACAUGUUGGAGAUGAAUCAGUUCUGGUUCAUGGUCAAAACACACAAGAACUCAUGGAAGUGAGGAGUUACAUGUUUGCAGCACUUGUGGGUAAAGUUCUACUUAAAUCACACUAAGUUUUUUUAAAAUCUCUGUUGCACCCUGAGUGCAUAAUUUCUCAGUAGUGUAGAUGCUGUGGUCCAAACUUUGUGUGGUAAAAAUCUAAAUCAAAAAAGUUGUCAUAUUAGCAAGAAAUCCACUAUGGUGGACAUUUAAUUCCAGCUCACGGCUGUUUCAGCAGCAACACAAGACAACAAAUAAUUAUAAUAACACAGCUUUUUAUUGUGAAGAUUUAAGAAUAUCAGAUUCACCCUGAAGUCUAAAGCUGUUAGAUGUUUCUGUUCAUCAAGGCUGCAGAUGGGUGUGACUGACAUUAAAAGUAAAAGUAGUAAUAAUGAAGAAUGGUUCUUUUCUGAGUGUUAAGUUAUAACAUGUAAGAUGUGUCUUAAUGUUGCAGCUCAUCAGCUGGAGGUCAAGAUAAAGUAUAAUUUGAUACUGUUUGAUCAGAGGAGCUGCUAUAUAUUGAAUAAAUGUGUAAGCAGUGGAGGAACCAAACUAAUGGUACUUAAGUGCUUAAUGUGUGACAUUGAUUGUCCUCAGAUGGCCAUGAUUGCAUGCAAAUUCGUCAUAUAUGUGAAGUCUUGAACACUUCAAAUAAACAUAAAAAUAUAA